AUGGAGUCCGAGUCUGAGUCUGAGUUUAGGCCUGUCCUUCUGAGUGCCCUGCUUGAGUGGUGUGAUCGGGUGAGAAGUGACCGCGAAAUCCUGCAAAGGUGUAAGCGAAGCCUCGAUGAUGCGAGCCUACGGGGACUGGAGGUGAAGGAUGGGUGUCCAUUCUGUACACUUCUCGACGAAGCAGUCUCAAUGCUAUAUGGUGAUUACCUUUCUGCUGGCAGAUCACUUGGAUGGGUGUCAUUCCCGGGCGUUCAAGAGGCUAUCCGUGAUGAUGGGGGAAACCCACUUCGGUUCCGUGUAUCCGAACAUACCGACUUGACUGAACGUUUACGCCCAUUCCCGACUUUGGGAUUCGGCAAUUGGCAUCUGUCCAAGUAUAAGUCAAUCUCCCGGGAUACUGCCUCAGAAGCAACCCUAAAGAUAGUGAAGGAAUGGCUCCUUGAUUGUGCAACAGACCAUCCGCUAUGUAGUAAGGAUGGUAAGGUCAAGCUGCCGACUAGGCUUAUCUGCAUUGGCACAAAGGCGUCUGACGUACGUUUGCUCAAGACGAAUGGUGCUUCUGGCAAAUAUGCCUGCCUGAGUCACCCUUGGGGCAAGCGUCCACUGCUGCGAACACUGAAGAAGAAUCUCUCUCAAUUCACCAAUGAAAUCCAGUGGUCAGAUCUGCCUCCCACUUUCAGAGACGCAAUCGAUUUUACCCACCGACUUGGCCUCAAGUAUAUCUGGAUCGAUUCCCUUUGCAUCAUUCAGGAUGAUCCUCUCGACUGGCAGAGAGAGGCCGCCAAAAUGGCCGACAUUUAUCAGAAUGCCUACGUAACGCUCGCAGCUUCCAAAGCAGUCGACUCCAGCCGCGGGCUUUACACCUCUUCCCAGGAUCCUAAACAUCAAUCGCACCAACUGUCACUCAUAAAUGAUGUGGAUGAUUCGGAUCUCAAACUACAUGCGUAUUCGGAAUUACUACAUAUUGAUAGCUUCUGGUCCUACUUCCCUAUUACAAAACGGGCAUGGGUGUUCCAGGAACGUCUGCAAUCGGGUAGAGUUGUACACUUUGCCGGUUCCGAAUUGAAUUGGGAAUGUCGCUCAACGAGGACAUGCGAGUGCGGUGAGAUCUCAACCUCCACCUCUUUGCCUGAGAAGAUUCAAUUCUCAGGUAGUUUGGCCGAGUUGAGUGGGCAGUACAAUUGGAUCUCGGCACCAGAAAAUGGCCAAGACGAAAAUCUGGACUACAGCAAGUUUACCCCGGCACUACUUCAUUCGCCAAAGUGGACCAAAAGCGUCAAAACGUGGCGACAAACAGUACAGUCUUACUGUGCUCUGAACUUGACUUUCUCAAAGGACAUCUUCCCGGCUUUGGCCGGCAUUGCAAAAGUGUGGAACCCCGAGUACGAGAAGCUCUAUCGAGCAGGGCUAUGGAUGGACUCGUUGCAUCUAGAUCUUCUAUGGCUCGUCUAUAAACCUGAGAAGCGUCCUAUUACAUGGAGGGCCCCGACAUGGUCGUGGGCAUCUCUUGAGUACCACAACGACGAGUUCAUCCGCUUCGACUCUGACUCAGAUUGCAGAAACUCUGGCAAGGGCAGCUGGUUCUCGUUGGGGAAUAUAGGGAGCGAAGAUUACUCUCCUGUUGCAGACAUCCUGGAGGUAGUUUGCGUUCCAGCUGGUAUUGUCGAUCCAACCGGAGAGCUCGACUCUGCCCACCUUCUGCUUUCAACUUUUGCAAUUUCCGGAACACUAGUGAAAUGGCCGGGGGUACUUGUUGAAUAUGGUGUCAGUCCUGUCUGGCUUGUUGUCGGAAACCUAUGGAUCAGCCAAGGCGACAGCCAUACUAGGGGCUUACAGUUGGAUGCUCCGAUCAUUGGCGCGAAUUCCGGGUGGUCGAUUCCCGUUCGCAUUAUUCGCAUAACGGAUUUCGGUGCCAACACAGGCAACCAUCCUGAGAUGGCCUGUCUGGUUAUCCGAUCAAAACGAGCCGCAACCGCAGAUGAACACAUCGAGUAUGAACUGGCGUAUGAGUUGCGGUACACAUUGACCAUCUGA